UAUUAUCAGUCGCUUUCCAUGCCUCUCUCUUCAAACCAGUGGCAACACUCUUCUUCUUUCUGCAAAAUGACGAUCAGCGAUCAUUUUCCUUCUGGGUUAAGAGUUCUCGUCGUAGACGACGACACUUCCUGCUUGAUAAUUCUCGAGAAAAUGCUUCUCCGUCUCAUGUACCAAGUUACCAUUUGCUCACAAGCCGAUGUUGCUUUAACCAUUCUAAGAGAAAGAAAAGGCUGUUUCGAUUUGGUACUUAGCGAUGUGCACAUGCCUGGUAUGAAUGGUUACAAACUUCUCCAACAAGUUGGCCUCGAAAUGGAUCUUCCUGUUAUAAUGAUGUCUGUUGAUGGAAGAACAACUACAGUCAUGACAGGAAUCAACCAUGGAGCUUGUGAUUACCUCAUCAAACCAAUUCGUCCUGAAGAGCUCAAGAACAUCUGGCAACACGUGGUUCGCAGGAAAUGCACAAUGAACAGAGAGAUUCGGAGAAAUUCACAAGCUUUAGAGGAUAACAAGAACAGUAGCAGCAGCUUGGAGACUGUUCUCUCGGCCAGUGAAUGCUCAGAGGGGAGUUUGAAACGCAGGAAGAACAAGAGAAGGGUUGAUAGAGAAGACAACGAAGAAGAAGACGAUCUUCUUGAUCCUGGAAACAGUUCGAAGAAGUCGAGAGUUGUUUGGUCGAUUGAAUUGCAUCAACAAUUCGCCAAUGCCGUUAACCAGCUUGGAAUUGACAAAGCUGUACCAAAGAGGAUUCUUGAGCUGAUGAAUAUGCCUGGUCUAAGCAGAGAAAACGUCGCUAGCCAUUUACAGAAGUACCGAUUGUAUUUGAAGAGAUUAAGCGGUGCAGCUUCGCAGAGUAAGGACGUUGAGUCUAUGGAAAGAUACGAAAACAUUCAAGCUCUGGUUUCCUCAGGACAGAUACCUCCACAGACAUUAGCUGCACUGUUUGGUCGACCGAUAGACAAUCAUAUGUCUGGUGGUUUUGGAGUUUGGACACCUAAUGACAAUCAUUUUGGUGGAUCUCAAAACCAAAGCCUCUCGAUUGAUGUAUCAUCCGCUUUGAACGGUCCUGUUUCUGUCUCUACUUCAAUGGCGGUUCAUGGUUUAUCUUCCUCUGCAAACUUAAGACAGCAGCGUGAUGGUUUCAACAGCAACACAGAGUACGGUAUCAAACAAGGGAAUGGCUCAAAUGUCAAUGAAGAAUCUUGGAUCUUCGAAAGACCUUCAAGACAGCGAAGGAAUCAUCGAUAUUGA